UCCUCAUCCUCCAGCUGUCACUUUUAUCGCACCCAAACGCUCGGUCUUUCCUUCGUUCCUCUGUGUGCGCGUGUGAACAUGUCAUUAGCAGGGAAACCUCAAUAAACUGAGCCAAAGCAGGAGCGAUGAUUACGUUUUCUAUAAAACCACACUGAGCUGUGAACACACCCCGAUAUUGUUCUGGGGGGGAAUAAUGGCUGCACAGGAACCGUCUCCACCAUCUUCCCUGGAAGGCAACAAACCAGGCUUCCCAAAGAAAAUCUUAGCCAACAACCACGAAGACAAACAUCUGUGCAACUCGUGCCAGAAAAUCCUGAGGAGGCCGCUGCAAGCCCAGUGCGGUCACCGCUUCUGCUCCUUCUGUUUCAACAAAAUUGUGAGUUCGGGACCAGAGAAAUGCAGUGCGUGUAUCAAAGAGGACUUGUUUGAGGACCCGACCUCAAUCCUCAAGCAAGGUGGUGCUUUUCCAGACAAUGCAGCUCGCAGAGAAGUGGAGGCCUUGGCCGCCGUGUGUCCCAACGAGGGAUGCACGUGGACCGGGACCAUCAAAGAAUUUGAGAUGAGCCACGAGGGAAACUGUGACUUCAUGAUCAUCCUGUGUCCGUCCUGUAAAGAGCUGAUGAGAGCCAAUGAACAGGAGCGCCACAACGAGAGGGAGUGUCCGGAGAGGACGCUCAACUGUAAAUACUGCAAAGAGCCUUUCCUGCUCAAGAACAUCAAGGCUCACGAUGAAAUCUGUCCCAAAUACCCGAUGAUCUGUGAAGGCUGUGCCAAGAAAAAGAUCCCCAGAGAAAAGUUUGUGGACCAUAUUAAGUUCUGCAGUAAAUUAAAAGCACCAUGCCGAUUUCAUGUUGUUGGCUGCGAUACGUCUGUGGAGAAGGAGAAGAUUCACGACCACGAGCGACUGUGCUCCUACGAGCACCUCAACCUGCUGCUUCAUUUCAUCAUGGGCAUCAAGGUGAGCCUGGAGAGUCUGCAGCCUCAGAGUCUGGAGGUGGUCAGCCACAGGCUGCACGAGCUCCACCAGUCCCUCAGGGACCUGGAGCACAAGAUGAGCCACUUGGGUGCUGGUGCUGUUGCUGGUCCUAGUGCUGGUCCUAGUGCUGGUGCUGGUGUAGGUGCAUCAGCAGUAGUAGCAGCAGCAGCAGCAGCAGCAGCAGCUCCAGUUCAGGGCGCGUGUGCCCCAACACUGGCCACCUCCUUCACGCCGCUGCCCAGCACUGUGGGCGCCGCGCUGGAGCUGCAGCUGCAGAGCGAGAAGACCAAGGUGGCGGAGCUGAGCCGACGCUGCCAGGAGCUGGAGCUCAAAGUCGGCACGUUCGAGAACAUCGUCUGCGUCCUCAACCGAGAGAUGGAGCGCUCCUGCGCCACCAUGGAGGCGUACAACCGGCAACACCGACUGGACCAGGACAAGGUCGAGAUCCUCAACAUCAAGGUUCGUCAGCUGGAGAGAACCGUGAGUCUCAGAGACCUGUCCAUCGUGGAGAUGGAGGGGAAGAUGAGGGAAAUGUCGGCAGCCACGUACGACGGCAUCUUCGUCUGGAAGAUCUCGGAUUUCACCAAGAAGCGUCAGGACGCCGUGGCCGGCCGAGCUCCCGCCAUGUUCUCUCCUGCCUUUUACACCAGCAAAUACGGCUACAAGAUGUGUCUGAGGAUCUAUCUGAACGGGGACGGAACAGGAAGAGGAACUCACUUGUCUCUGUUCUUUGUGGUGAUGAGAGGACACAGCGACGCUCUCCUCAAGUGGCCUUUCAAUCAGAAGGUCACGCUGAUGCUUCUCGACCAGAACAACCGCGAGCACAUCAUCGACGCCUUCAGACCUGACAUCUCGUCGUCGUCCUUCCAGAGACCCGUCAGCGACAUGAACAUCGCCAGCGGCUGCCCGCUCUUCUGCCCGCUCUCCAAACUGGACUCUAAAAACUCCUACAUACGUGAUGACACCAUCUUCAUCAAGGCCAUCGUGGACCUCACGGGACUAUAGGCCGAUCCAAACCCUGUCUGGUUUUUUUAUGACUGAAUAACUGGCAUUUCUCUUUGGGGUCCGUUGGCAGCAAUAUGCAAAAACAGAGCAGAAAACCUACCGUUUGUUUUGGGCGCCAGUCUAAAGACGUUCUCUUAAACCUGGUAGAAACAAUUCAUGCGUUUUAGUUCCCAUUCUUAAAUAAACAAUUAUCAAUAAAUAUCACAAUUCACAUCACAGCCACAAUAUAAUUGUUUAUAUUUCAUUCAAACUGGUCAAAAAAAACCAUCCAAUCCCAACUUUUAACUGUUUUUUUUACAAUUGGGGAUGUAUUUAUUCGGAAUUCACUUCCAGCCUAGAUUAUUUUCCAACAUACCUGGGUUUUUAUCGGUUUCGCUGCGAUCGGCAUCAGUGGGAACAUAAAAUGUAAUCUCUGCUCUAUUUUUGCCAGAGAUUUUCACACGCAUUAAUUUUUAGCUGGUUCGCCUAGCCGUUAGCCUAAAAAUUAGCCUUAAAGUCUCUAGCAAUCCUUUAUAAAAGAUUUAAAAAGCGGUUCAUAUCUUUUAUUUCAUCAAUCGGAUCAUUUUAACGAUCGAUUUGAAGAGAAACCGAAGUAAAAGACGGAAAAAAAUCUGUUCUGUUUCCGGGAAGCGAUUGACCUGUUUUUUACAAAUCCUGAUUUACACACUAAAUUUAACGAAAAAACAUUCAGAGAUCUCGUUAAAGAAGCAGCUGUCAUUAUCAACUUUGCAUUUCAGUUCGGUCAUGUAUGUGCGAUUUAGCCGUUUACAAGUAACUACCAGAAUUCAAGUCCCACAAAACACAAAUAAAAACUAAAAUUCCAAAGAGAACAACACUGGCAAUUUAAUAAUUAUGCUGCGGUCCUUUUUGUUCCAAGAUGGCUGCCACAACACAAACACUGCUCCUUCUGUUGUAUUUAUUUCAGGCUAAACGCGCAAAAUACAAUCUAGAUGUUAUCCACUGCUAUUACUAACAAUGGCUAGCUCGGUGAUGUCACUCCCAGCUCCGAACACAGCAUUAAUGUUAGCGACUUAUUUGCACAUAUAGCAGACAUGAGCGUUAGCAUGGUGGUUGCGUGUGUUGAUUUUGCUAGUGAACGAUACCUAGCUCCUUAGCAUGCUAACUGCCACAUUCACAAGCUAGUGGUUCGCUUUGACUGACGUAAUAAAAAAAAACGGUCAAAUCGUGGAUUGUAGACGCGUGAACGCUAAAACUUUCGAUGACCAACUCCCCAGAGAAAAAUGCUCCUUAGCAUGCUAAUUGCUGCAUUCACAAGCUAGUUGUUAGCUUUGACUACAAAUUGCUUGUAGAGCAAAUAGUUUUUCCCAUUUUUUGGUGUUUUUUCAUAUUAUAUUUUUUCAACUUUUGGACACCAAUACAUUUCCUUUUUUUUGUUUUACUAUUAAAAACUGAAAAUACUGAGCCAUUGAAACACUAGCUACGUAGAUGACGAGCACUGCGAUAGAUCUCGCCUGGUCUUGGUGCUUGUUGCUCACUGCUGGCUUGUACUGUACUGCCUAACACGAUUAACUCAUCGUUCGCAUUUAGAAAUGUAGAGUUUCCAGCGCGACGCCCAUGUAGCCUUUUCUCGGACCGUCGCCCCGGCUUUUUUGCACACGGUUUGUAGUGCAGUUGUAACUUUUUCUAAACUUGUUUAUAAGUAACGUUUACUGACAUUCAUGCCUCCAACACGCGAGUCUGUGUUUGUUGGUGCUCAUUUGUGGUGGUGGACAUUGUUUGAAUUCCAUGAAUUCUGAGUGCAGUAUUUCAUUUGUGAAGGUUGUUGGCGUGUGUUUGUGUGCUUGUUUACAUGUCUUUGUGGGGACCAAGACCUCAGUCUGGGAAUAUGAGGACAUUUUAUCGGGUCCUCUCAUUUUCACAAGGUUGUUUGAGAAUUAUGGUUUGGUCUGGGGGGGGGGUCGUUGUAAGGAUUAGGGUAAAGUUUGGGUGAUUUUCAUUGAUGGUGCGUUCCAGUUUGUGAGUUUCUGAGGUAGCUCCAGCUUUGCAAGUUCGAAACAUGACUUGAGAGGGUGUUCCAGUUUAAAAUUAGCAAACUGUUUUUACUAUUUAGUAGAGCCGCAGCCGUUUUGGAAUCCCACGUAGUGGUUUUCUGAGGUUGCUUCAAUUCCCCAACCUGUAAACACAACUUAAGGUGGCCUUUCUGUUGAAACGUACGACUAGGAACUCAAGAAUUCCGACUUGGGAAGUCGUAGCAACGUCAGAAAACAAUUUAGCUAACUUGGAGUCCUAUGCUCCGACUUUCCAAGUUCCAAACGGUUCUGUCCUCACAUAGAUGCAUCUAAAUGUGUGUGUGUGUGUGUGUGCUGUUCCCCUUUACAGUUUAAUUGUUCACGUUUUAAAAGUUGUUUACCGCAGUUUAUUAAACAAACAACCACC